UCGGCAACAGGACUCAUAAGCGGUGACGUUCGUUCCAUAUUAUACAGCGAUUUCACUGCAGUUCUUGGGGUUUAGCAAAAUGAUAAUUCAUCUGCCAAAACUGAUUUGCGCAGGUUCUUUUCGAGUGAUUACUUUUUAAUGGAAACCUGGGGUUAAUAGAAAGCAAGAUAUUCACGUUAAUGUAGCCGAUGCUACGUGUAGGCUCCAUAGGCUAUGCGCAGAAAAAUAUUGUACGCUACUUUAAUUUCUAACUGUGGCCAAUGUUUACAAGAAACCUAGAGAUAUCUUCAGCUCCGCCCCAAAUUGAGUUCAGUAAACUGCAAUGGAUGUCCCACGCGGACCUGCACCAAUCUGCUCACUUCUCGAGAUUGUCUCCUAUGUAAGGGUCUUUAUAAAUAAACAGGCUAAUCAAUGACCACAAAAACGUCUGUAUGCAACAUGUCCGGUUACAAAGAGGAAACGAGCUAGAUUGUGCAAGGAGCACACUGUCCAUGGCAUCAUUUUAGGAGGACGGCCACUGCAGCUCUGAUUAGUGGUACUAUGGCUCGUUUGAUACCUUCUGAUUACUGCGGCAGGGUAAUGCUCGAAUCCUUGCCCUGACAGUGUGUUCGGCAGCCAUUGGGGGAACUCUUCAGUACGGGUACAAUAUUGCCAUAAUCAACGCGCCUACUACCUAUAUCCAGAGGUUUAUCAAUGAAACUUUCCAGGAACGCUGGGGUGCAGACCUCCAGGUCUACCAGGAAGAAGUCAUUGCUGCUGAACAAUGUAUUUUUAUUGCUGGGCUCUGUGCUGGCAGUGUCCAGUAGAGUUGCUAGGUCCUUUGAGAUGAUCAUUCUGGCCCGGCUUCUUGUGGGGAUCAAUGCAGGUGUCAGCAUGAACGUCCAGCCCAUGUAUUUUGGAGAGAGUGCACCCAAGCAUUUACGAGGUGCUGUUACCAUAUCUUCGGCUGUGUUUACAGCUUUUGGAGUGGUGCUGGGACAAGUGGUUGGGCUCAGGGAGAUCUUGGGGAGUGAGUCUUGCUGGCCAUAUCUUCUGGCCAGCAAUGCUGUUCCAGGUCUCAUCCAGCUUCUCACAUUACCCUGGUUUCCUGAAAGCCCGCGGUACCUCCUCAUUGAUAAAGGGGACAAGGAGGCCUGCAUCAAGGCCUUGUCUCGGUUUCGGGGUUGUGAUGUCCUGCACAGUGAGAUUGAGGAGAUGCAGCAAGAGCAAGCGGCAGCCAUGGGAAUGAAGGCCAGGGGACCUUGGGAACUCCUUACUGACCGCAGUCUGCGAUGGCAGCUGCUGUCAGUCAUGGUUAUCAGCAGUGCCAUGCAACUAUGUGGAAAUGAUGCUAUAUAUUUCUAUGCCUCGUACGUGUUCCAAGAAGCUGGGAUUUCUACAGAAACAAUCCAGUAUGUUACCAUUGGCACAGGCAGCUGUGAAUUUACUGCUUCAAUAUUCAGUAACCUGUUGAUCGAGAAGCUAGGAAGGAAGUUCUUGCUGGUGGGUGGAUAUAUUCUCAUGGCUUGCUGGGCAGUGAUCUUCACAGUGGGUCUGUCAUUCGAGCACGUAGUGUCAUGGAUGCCCUACCUGAGUAUGACCUCUGUCUUUGCCUAUAUACUCAGCUUUGGAACAGGGCCAGCCGGAGUAACAGGUAUCCUGCCUACUGAAGUAUUCAGUCAAACAGCUCGCCCAGCUGCCUACAUGCUUGCUGGUUCCAUGAUGUGGAUCAACCUCUUCUUGAUGGGCAUGCUCUUUCCCUUCAUUGUGAGAGGCCUUGGCCAGUUUUGCUUCCUUCCUUUCGGUGCUGUCUGCCUCCUCUCAGCAAUCUUCAUUGGGCUAGUGUUACCUGAGACAAAGGGGAAGAGUGUCGCUGCCAUUACUGAAGAGUAUGACAAACUCAAUUUCCGGGGCCAGGAGAGGCAACUUUCAGUUUUAACUCAACCGCCCCAAUACCAGCUGGGCAAAGUACUCAGUUCUACUUCCCUGUAGUUUGUGCAUCGUGUGAGCAGCAGAGCUGUUCAUGAAUGAAAGAUUUAUAAUAACUAUAUAAAAGCUUUUUUAUAUUUAUGGUUUCAGUAAAUUAUUGUAGGAUGAAUAAUUAUGUUUUUAAACCAAAAUUAACUUUAAUCUUGGGAAUCUUGUUCCCAGUUAAUCUCAGGCUUUGUACCUUUUAAUUGAUCGUGACAAUUGAUUCAAUAUAUUGUGGCACUGAAUAAUUAUUAUUUGCACAUUAAAAAUGUUUAGAUGUACAGUAUUGUGCAAAAGUAUUGGACUCUUUAAUAUAAAUUUCAUCUUUUUUCUGCAUUUUUGGGUUAGUAGAGAGGAGCAAAUAUGAGAUUUUCCACAAAAAAUUCAGUGUUACAGAAUUUAUUUGUAUUUCAUUAACCCCUUAAGUGUCACCCCUUUUUUAACACAAACUUGACAAUGAUCUACCCAAAAUGAAAUGCCAAUUUUUUUAGUGAAUACCGAUUACUGUGGUGGUGCCUGGCACGCUUAGAAACACAAUGGAGCCACAGCCAAAACACUGGACAAAUAACACCAAAAAUGAGCAUUCUGCUCAGCUGUGUUCUUUAGAAUAGAACAGAUUUUAGUGUUUGCACUCCCCCGCCCACCUGUCACCCUCCCCCUACCUCUCCCUCCCCUACCUUGCCCUCUCCCGCAGAUCGCAACAGGUUGAGAAGAUUGUAAAAAAAAAAAAAUAGGUACAAUAAUCACAAUAAUAACAUCUUGUAUACAAAUAUAUAUUCAUUGAGGUCCAUUGACUGACGUUUUUGUCAAAUACCCAACCCCCAUCAACAACACAUUCCACAAUUUCACAUGCUAUUUAUUAUUCAAAAGCAGUAAACAAUGGACAUUCUCUUAAGGUUUAUUCAAGUUUUUAGAAUUAUUAUGCAUUUGGUUUGAUGGACCCUUACUUGGAAAAUGACACUGGCAUUACCUUAUUUUGUGUAGUAUUUGAUUGAAAUACAAAAAAAAUAUCUGUAACAUGGAGGAAAACACAUUUUUCUAUUGACACACUAAUGCAGAAAAAAGAAAAAUCUAAUACCAAAUUUAUAUAAAAGAAUCUAGGGUGCCUAAUACUUCUGCACAGUACUGUAUGUAUCCAUUAUUGGCAUGCAUGACUGAAGUACAAAUUUCCUAUACAAUUAAAGUCUGUAAAAUAUAAAUGAUUGAAAAAAAGGGCCUCUUGCUGUAAUCCAGUCGACAAUCCUGAUUUCUGCACAAUCAGCAGAUAUUUUUACUUAUUCCUAAUAGGAAAUAGUAAUGCUUAACAGCUUUAUACACUCAGUGAGCACUUUAUUAGGUAUUUAUUAGACUUAUUUUUGAGAAUUAUUAAGUCUUUUGCUGCUGUAGCCUAUCCGUUUAGUGCUUGGCGUGUUGUCUGUUCAGAGAUGCUCUUCUGCAUACCUCUUUUGUAAUGUGUGGUUAUUUGUAUUACUGUCACCUUCCUGUCAGCUUUGACCAGUCUGGCCCUUCUCUUCUGUCCUCUCAUUAACGAGGCAUAUGCAUUGCACUGCUGCCACACGAUUGGCUGAUAAGAUAAUUGCAUGAAUAAGCAGGUGUUAUAAUAAUGUGCUCAGUGAGUGUACAUUCAUUAAAUAAAAAUGAAUGUCAUUAUCCACUGAA